GCAAUUAGAGGCGCUGUUUUGUUUGAGUAGGUUUUAAUAAUGGCAGUCAUAUUGUAAUGCUCCAAGUGAGUCUUUCAAAGCUCACCCAACAACUGAUAAAAAAGUGAAUUAACAAUUAAGCUGAAGUAAAAUAAGUUUUGGCUUUUUAUUAAUUGGAUUGUCAAGAUGUUUCCACAAAGUUCACAAAGGAAUUAUUGGAUGUUCAGCGAUGAGAGUGAUUUGACUGCUUUGAGAGAGAAAACUAAUGCUGAAUUUAUUGAAAAACAUGGAGCUAACAUGACUCUAGAAGAAAAGGAGGAACAUUUUCUUUCACAUUUAGAGGAACGUACAUUAUUGCGUUUUUAUGAAUUACAACUAAGAGAUUUCUGUCGACGAUUUAAUCCACCAAUGCCACGUGUCACUGUAGCUACAGCCUUGCAUUAUUUUAAACGAUUUUAUCUUAGAAACAGUGUGAUGGAUUAUCAUCCAAAAGAAAUUUUAGUUACUUGUGUUUACCUAGCAUGUAAGGUGGAAGAAUUUAAUGUGUCUAUAUCUCAAUUUGUGGCAAAUAUUAAGGGUGAUAGAGAAAAAGCAUCUGAUAUUAUUCUUAAUAAUGAAUUGCUUCUUAUGCAACAAUUGAACUACCAUCUUACAAUUCAUAAUCCUUUUAGACCUAUGGAAGGUCUAAUGAUUGAUAUAAAGACAAGAUAUACAUGUCUGGAAAAUCCUGAAAAACUAAGGCCACAUAUUGAUGAGUUCUUAGAAAGAGUUUUCCUAACAGACAGUGUUCUACUUUAUGCUCCAAGUCAAAUUGCAUUGGCCGCGAUUUUGCAUGCGGCAUCCAGAACUUCCGCAAAUUUAGACAAUUAUGUUACCGACAUACUGUUUCCAAGAGAGGAAUUGGGAGGAAUCAUAGAAGCUGUGCGAAAAAUACGCUCAAUGGCUAAAUGUGUAGAAACUCCUUCACGAGAGAUAAUAAAAGCUUUGGAGAAAAAAUUAGAAAAAUGCAGAAAUCAGGAAAAUAAUCCAGAUAGUGAAAUAUACAAACAAAGAAUGCAGGAAAUGUUAGAUGAAGAGGAAUUGCAGGACAAUGAGAAAUAUGCGAAAAUUAUACAAGAUCAAGCAGCUCAUGAUGAUAAAGUUCUGGGAGUUAAUAAAGUAUUAUCUCCUCUGUGAUAAUAUAAAGUUUUGUAUUUUUUAUAUCAUAAUAAAAUUGUUCUAUAUACAAUAUGCGGUAUA